UAGUGCGGUCUCCCACCUUUCUUGUGGCACCCCCGAUUCUGUGCCCAUCUUCCACAGUCUCUUGAGGUUUCGCUCCGAUCAUCGUCGGUCUCUAGAAACUUCCAGUGUAGUUGGCGACACUCUUGCGGUCGAACAAGUUCCACGGCCAGGCCAUCGGCGGCGCGCGUCCAUACUUAGCAAACUGGCGGGUCCGCGGGAAAACGCAAAGCGAUUCCUCCGCCUGGGGACCCCUAUCCACCCGACUACUACGCUGACGCCACCCACUCCCACUCCCUCAAUGCCCGAAACACAUCGCCCUCGCCCCGUGUCUGAGAUUCUUUUGUCCCCCGAUGAUGCACAAAUGCUUGCCAGCACAGGUUUGAGGACGGGCAGGCUGCGCUCCCACUCUUCGUCGACCGUGUCGGCGUCCCAGCCUUCCCCGAUUUCGGCUCAACCGGCAAUCCCGGCGGCGGAUCCAUCGGUGCCGUUUCCCACUCUGCGCAAUGAGAAGAUCGUGGCGACCGGCAGUGGCAUAACGGUUGGUGUUGCGCUCACCGAACCCGUUCUGUUUCUUCAGGGUUAUGAUCAGAACGAUCCCAGCACCAAAAAGUCCGCCAUCUUGCGCGGGCAGCUGCAUCUCAAAAUUACCAAGAGUGUCAAGGUCAAGAAGAUCUCCAUUUGUUUCCGCGGACAUGCCCAGACCGAUUGGCCAGAUGGUAUGUUACAUCCCAUUGUUCUUACCCCAGGUGGCGUCACCACUAACUCUUUGUCUCAUGUAGGCAUUCCGCCCAAGAAAGUCCACUUUCACGACAAGAAAGACCUCGUCACACAUGGCGUCAUGUAUUUUAACCAUGGAGAUACUGCGCUGAUGCAAAACGACUACGGUGCGCACUUCUACCAGCACGCCAAACCGGUGACGUCGGUGACGGGCAAGGAUGGGCCGACCACCAGCACCCGGGAGUUGCUCUCCAAGACCGGCUCGGCGACCUCGUUGGGCCAGAACGGCCAACUGACAACCAGGGAUUUGAAGCGACUGUCCUUGCAAUCGAACCAUUCGCGCAGUUUGAGCAAGAAUGACGCCCCGCCGCCCCCAGUUCACACUCAGCGCAACUACCGGUUGUUUCCCGUCGGUGAUUAUCUGUAUAGCUUUGAGUUUCCCAUCGAUGGAUCUCUCCCUGAGACGAUCAAGACCGAUUUGGGGUCUGUUCGCUACGAUCUUGAAGCGAUUGUGGAACGGGCGGGUGCGUUUCGCCCCAAUCUGCUCGGUACGUUGGAAGUGCCGGUCAUCCGCACGCCAGCAGAGGGCUCGUUGGAGCAGGUCGAGCCGAUCGCCAUCUCCCGAAACUGGGAAGACCAGCUGCAUUAUGACAUUGUCAUCUCGGGGAAGUCAUUUCCUCUUGGAUCGCAAGUUCCCAUCGCGUUCAAGUUGACGCCGUUGGCGAAGGUUGAGUGCCACCGGAUCAAGGUGUACGUGACCGAGAACAUUCAGCACUGGACUGCAGACAAGAGCGUCCAUCGGUUUCAACCAGCGAAGAAGGUGCUGCUUUUUGAGAAGCGGGCGGACUCGGCCAGUACCAGUACCUACCCGGGAAGCUCAAUGCGAGUGACGGCCGGUGGCGGCAUCGACUGGGACCGUCGCGCGGCUGCUGCGAGGGGCGAGGAGAUUGUCGAUCGAAACCGGACCAACCUCCUUGGCAAUCUCUCCAGCGACGCGGGUGUUGGCCCGACUGAGAUGGAGUUCAAUGUUCAGCUUCCCAGUUGCCAGGAGAUGCGCAACCGGGAUGAGUCCCAGCGCCUGCACUUUGACACGACGUAUGAGAACAUUCAAAUCAACCACUGGAUCAAGAUUGUACUGCGGCUGUCCAAGGUUGACGAACGGGAUUCGGGCAAGCGAAGACACUUUGAGAUCUCGAUCGAUUCUCCAUUCCACCUGCUUUCUUGCAAGGCUACACAAGCGAAUAUCUACCUACCCGCAUACACUUCGCCCGAUUCGGAGCCGCCGCCGCAGGCUCAGGAGUAUGAAUGUGGCUGUCCGGGGGCGCCGCCGGUCAACAGGAAUGGUUCUCGAAACGGCUCCAGCCGGCAGUCGUUGUCUUCUGAUCGGGACGAGGUGCCCCUCGGCGGCGCAGUUGCGAGAAGCUUCACUAAUGGUUCCGGUGGGCUGGCUCGACCUCCCCAGGCCCAUUUGGCGGAUGAGCCAACCGAUCGACAUCCUGCGCCCCGACCGAUGCAUCUUCUGCGGGCGCCAUCAUUUGCACCGCCUGCCUUUGAAGAUGUCCCGCCACCACCACCACUCGUGACGCCUCCUCCGGAGUAUAACUCCAUCGUUGGGGGCAACGACCGAGAAUCGGUGCUGCAGGACUACUUCUCACGGCUGUCCUUCUACGAGGAACAUGCCGAUGAUGAUCGGGGCCGCGGACGAGUUGAUGUGCCUCUCACGCCAGGGGGGCGCGUGAACCGCAGCAUGGACGUCCCACGGGAGUGGGUACGUCUGGAGGAGUCGGCCGUCUAACCGACGAGCCGUAGUUACGACGCUAUGAGGAUUGUACUUUUGUUUUAGAGGACGGAGGGAGUUUGUGAUACAACCGGCGUUUGAUCCUUUCGGAGCAACG